AUAAAAGGAGCAAAAGCUGAGUGCAACAAACUCUGCUAUUUCAGCUUCUUUCCCUGGAACUUCCACCGUUAUAAUUUCAUUUUAGAAGGGAACAUUCUGGAGAGCUCUGGAGCUUUUUCAGAAAAGAAAUUCUGGAGAAGCCUUUGUUGUGACAGUGAAGAGUCUGUUUCACCUCAAGAAAAAACAAGUGAUUCAGCUGCUGAAGACCCCGUUGUGUCUGGCCAAACACAGAGGAAGAAUGAAUUCUGCCAUUAAAACCUUAUUUCAGCACCAGCACGGAUUUAUUGUUUCAAAGAUCAUGUUUACUGCCUCUGAGUUGGGUGUAUUUGAUUUGCUGAAGUCAGAGAAACUCCUUACUGCAGGAACUAUUGCUGAACGUCUGGGCACCAGCCCCACUGGAAUGGAGAGGCUGCUGGAUGCUUGUGUGGGGUUCAAGUUCCUGAGAGUGGAGAGGAAGGAGAAGGAAGGACUUUACGGAAACACAGACCUCGCUGAUUUGUGCCUUGCUAAAACAAGCCCGAAGUCUCAGUAUAAUUACAUGAAGCUCUGCUCUGAAUUUUUCUAUCCAAAUAUGCAUUACCUUCCUGAUGCUGUGAGGGAAGGAAAAAACCAGAGUGAAUUAAUACAUGGCAUUUCAUCAGAUCAUAUAUUUGAUGCCUUUUCCAGGUCAGAGGAAGGGUUGCAAAAUUUCAUUGAUGGCCUGGGUGAUAGUUGGAGUCUGUAUGGUAAAGAAGUAUUGUCUGCAUUUGAUCUUUCUAAUUUCCCACUCGUUUGUGAUGUGGGAGGAGCUGUUGGUGCCUUGGCUAAGGAAUGCAUUUCCUUGUAUCCCAAAUCUACUGUGACAAUUUUUGACCUACCUGAAGUAGUAGAAAGAGUAAAGAAGCAUGUUGUGUUCUCACAAGAAUACCAGAUUACUUUCCAAGAAGGGGAUUUUUUUAAAGAUCCAGUUCCUGAAGCUAACCUAUAUCUUUUGGCUCGGGUCCUGCAUGACUGGGGUGAUGAGAAGUGUGUGCAGCUGCUAACUAAACUGUACAAGGCCUGCAAACCUGGUGGUGGAGUGUUAAUCUCAGAAACAAUUCUCGAUGAAGAUAGAACUGGGCCCUUAGUAGCCCAUCUAUACUCCAUGACGUUAAUGGUUUUUACUGAAGGAAAAAUACGGACCGCAUCAGAGUUCAGUGGGCUCCUCAGUGCCGCUGGCUUCAAGGACAUUCAAGUAAAGAAAGGAAGCGUCUGUAAUGCCAUUUUAGGAAGAAAAUAAUGUUGCCCCUACUUCAAGGCUGGGCAGACUUCAAUGUUUAAAGAAGCUAGAAUAAUAAAACUUUGACUGAUUGAUUAAUUGCAUUUACAUCCCACCCUUCCUCCAAGGUCCUCAGCAUAGCAUAGACAGUACUUUUCUUUCUCUUCCAUUUUAUCUGGACAACAAGACAGUGACGUCAGCUUUGGACAGACUUAUGAGGCCUUUCCUAACAUAAGAAGCCUGCUUUAUAUUUUAGAUGGUUUGCUCAGGAUAGAUAGAUUAUAUAUGUUUUUGAAAUUAGGCCAAAGGCUGAAGAAAAAUGGGUGGUUUCCAAGACAGAUGGAAUUUCUGAGGAACGACGACUGUGGAGAGAGGAACAAGUGAACUUGCCAAAAGUCCUUACAAGGUCAUUGACUCAGUGAAGUUUGAGCCAAUGGAGAGAGAAACAUGAACAAGGACAUGAACAAGGACAUGAACAAGGGGGCACAGUGACCUGGGAACUGUCUUCAUGAUCCAGAAUGAGGUUGAUAACAGAAGGAUGGAGCCAGAAGGAGGACCCAGAGGAUGGACAAAGAAGAGCUGAGCUCAUGGACCAAAAUCUUAUAAAAAGACCAGUCUGUACGAGAGAAAGCUGAGAAGACUGCACCAUCAUCAAUAAGCUGACCAUAUUUUGGAAACCCAAAAGGAGAACAAUAUGGCCACCCUCAAGGAGGCGUGCCCACCCCAACAUGCCCACACCAAGGCAGGGCCAACUUGACAUGCCCGGACCCCAAGGGGGCGUGGCCCUGGUGACAUGUCUAAUUCUACACCUUAUAAUUAAGACAGAACUGUUCUACAUAAUAUAUUAAUAUUAAAAUCACUGAAAUAAAGAACA